CCUUGCCGGGGUGAUAUUGCCCAGUGAUUCCGUGUGUGUGUUUUUUUUUCCCUCCCUCACCCCGCAGAGCGUACACUCCACCACUAUUGUGUUCUCCCGAUCCGAGCCGUGCACUGAGCGCAGCGGAGUCCAGACGCUGCAGGAUCACCUGCAUCAGACCGGUCGGUUGGCUUUAGCACAGACUUCUCAUACCAUUUGACUGAAAACACCUUCUCACAGAAGCUCACCAGCACAAUAUUGGUAAAGUCCUCCCAGACCCUGAAGCCAACAUAAACCAGGUCGAGUAGGAGCCCGGCCACUUCGAAACCAACAGAGGCUGCUCACUAUUGAGAGUGGCGAAGUUGAAAGCAUGAGUUCAUGCAGCACAGAUGUUAAGGAAAAUCGGAACUUGGACAACCUCUUCUCCAAAGAGGGGGUUGCAGCUGAGUCUGCUCAGCUCCCCAAUGGGAGUGCUGGGGGUGGGAGGAAACGUCCCUUAGAGGAGGGCAAUAAUGGGCAUACACAUUCCAAGUACAGGCCCAAGAAGCGUAAGAAAGUCCCUGGGCCCAUUCUGCCUAAGAAUGCCCUUAUGCAGCUGAAUGAGAUCAAGCCGGGGCUGCAGUACAAACUGCUCUCUCAGACUGGGCCGGUCCAUGCACCUGUCUUUGUGAUGACUGUGGAGGUCAAUGGGCAGCUCUUCGAGGGUUCAGGUCCUACCAAGAAGAAGGCCAAGCUGAAUGCAGCAGAGAAGGCCCUGCGCUCCUUUGUCCAGUUCCCCAAUGCAUCUGAAGCCCACAUGGCCAUGGGUCGGACUCUGUCUGUCCACACAGACUUCACUUCAGACCAGGCUGACUUUCCGGACAUGCUCUUUAAUGCCUUUGAGACAUCCACCCCAGUAGAUGACCCAUUUUACCUCGCUUCCAACAGUAACGGUUCCUUCAGCUCAUUGGGAAUAGAGUACCCAUUGCUACCCUCCCCCGUCCCCAACCUGGUCCAGGCCCCCUUACCUCCAGCCCCCUCCACCUUCAUCUCCCCAACAAGCGGCAAGAACCCUGUCAUGAUCCUCAACGAGCUACGGCCCGGCCUCAAGUAUGACUUUGUGUCGGAGAGUGGGGAGAGCCACGCCAAGAACUUUGUCAUGUCUGUGAAGGUAGAUGCUCAGAACUUCCAGGGUUCUGGGCGGAAUAAGAAGCUGGCCAAGGCCCGGGCUGCCCAGGCUGCUCUGUCUGCUCUGUUUAACAUGCAGCUGGAUCAGGCACCAUCACGACAGCCAAUACCCAGAGAGGGACUGCAGCUUCACCUGCCACAGGUCCUCGCGGACGCCGUCUCUCGUCUGGUCGUCGACAAAUUCAGCGAACUGACGGACAACUUCACGUCCCCGCACGCUCGAAGGAAAGUCUUGGCAGGUGUCGUCAUGACAACAGGUACAGAUGUGAAGGAGGCUCAGGUCAUCUGUGUGUCCACCGGGACCAAGUGCAUCAACGGUGAAUACAUGAGCGACAGAGGUCUGGCCCUCAACGACUGCCAUGCUGAGAUCGUGGCUCGUCGGUCCCUCAUCAGGUACCUGUACUCCCAGCUGGAGCAUUUCCUCAGUAACAUUGAAGAGGAGCACCACAAAUCCAUCUUCACCAGGUGUGACAACAGACAGGGCUUCAGGCUGAAGGAAAACGUCCAGUUCCACCUGUACAUCAGCACCUCCCCCUGCGGUGACGCCCGCAUCUUCUCACCUCAUGAAGCUGGAGUGGAGGACCAGGGAGACAGACAUCCCAACAGAAAGGCCCGCGGGCAGCUCCGAACUAAAAUCGAGUCUGGUGAAGGAACCAUCCCAGUGCGCUCCAGUAACACCAUUCAGACGUGGGACGGGGUUCUUCAGGGUGAGAGGCUGCUCACCAUGUCCUGCAGUGACAAAAUCGCCAGGUGGAACGUUGUUGGAUUUCAAGGCUCUCUGAUGAGCUACUUCACUGAGCCCAUCUACUUCUCCAGCAUCAUCCUGGGCAGCCUGUACCAUGCCGACCACCUCUCCAGAGCCAUGUACCAGAGGAUUACUGAGAUCGAGGACCUGCCACAGUCUUUCAGCUUGAACAGACCACUGCUCAGUGGAAUAAGUAACGCAGAAGCUCGUCAACCAGGAAAAGCACCCAACUUCAGUGUGAACUGGACAGUGGGAGACCAAGGUCUGGAGGUGAUCAACGCCACCACGGGGAAAGAUGAUCUGGGUCGACCGUCCAGGCUCUGCAAACACGCUCUCUACAGCCGCUGGAUACGCCUGCACUGCAAGCUGUCCUGCACUCUGCGGAUCAGAACAGUGAGGCCCAGCAGUUACCACGAGGCCAAGCAGGCGGCGCUGGAAUAUCACUCCGCCAAGCAGACGCUCUUCAGAGCCUUCCACAAAGCCGGACUGGGCGCCUGGGUGAAGAAACCUAUAGAGCAGGACCAGUUUGCACUCACCACCUGAGUUAGUGUUUGACAUGUCAAACUGCUGGCUUUACUUUGUGAAAGUUUCACUGGUGGAAUUUUAUAUUUCCUUCUGAAUUGUCAUGGAGUUGGAUUUGAGACUGGACUGUGUGUAACUGGGAAGAAAGAGGCAACAAAUCCAGAUGUCAGAAUCCAUGGAUUUUACAUUCCACCUUGAUUUUUAUAGCUUCAUGCUAUCCCUCUCAGCCAGCGGUACAUAUUUGAAAAAGAUUAUUAUUCAGUCAGUUAUGCAACUUUAUACAAAGGACAAAUGUAACAAAAAAGACUUUGGGAAUGGAAACUUGUAGGUAAAAUGGCACUUGUUUUUAUAAGAAUAGUGAUCUACUCACUUUGCAUGUAUGAUUAUACCAAAUUCAUAGGAAGUCUGCAGUACAAGGUUUGUUAAUAUGUUCAGUAUUGUGAUCUCAAAUUAUCAGUGUUGUGAUAGCUUGAGAAUGUCCCCCUGCUGUUUAUAAAACAGUGUUUUUAUCUGGUUUGCUGCGGGUUUUCCUGCAGAGUUGAGGUUGCAAGGAUAUAGUCUUUAUUUUAAGCUGAGACUACGCACACUCAGAUGUCUAAAAUGACUUUUAGAGAGAAUGCUUCACAGCUCCACCCUCCAAUUCAAAGACCAGUUCGCUCUGAUGUAUUUUUUGUAUGUGGUACAAGCAAAAUUUAAAGGGUCCCGCCAAAUUAGGUAUGGGGAUUCCAGUCUAGCUAACUAUGGUGGAUUUGCCUGCGCUGUUCUUGUUCAAAAUUGUUUAUAUACUGUAAAUGUGUAUCAGUCCAGAAUGUAAAAUAACAAACAGUAGAGUAAGUGUCUGUGGCAUCACAUACAGCUUUCUGGAGGGAUAUUUUAAAGCUAUGCUGCCAGAAAAUUGAAAUUUGGUCAAAGGGGAGAAAGCCUGGGUGGAGCUGAUGAGAGGUGCAAGUGAUAACCACCACGGCUGACUGUGAUAGGCUGACACAACUGUCAGUCAGGGAAAUACAACCAAAAACAGUUUUUUUUUUUUUAAAGCAAGUCUAAGCAUUUCUCAAUCUGCAUUCUUGUGAAACACCCUCAAGUGUUCUUACUUUGUGUAUUUUAUCCAGGAUGCUUCAGGAUUUGACUUGUGUGGACUUGGGGUAUCCUAGCAAAGUAUCCCAGCAUGCAUUUCAUAUCAACCAGCAGAAAUGGCAGAAGACAGCCAAACUCACAACUGUUCAUCCUAAAACUGUUGUUGUGAUAUCAAAUUUAAUGCUGACUGGCAAAACCAGCCAGACGGCAUCCAUGGUCAUCCCCGAGAACUGAAGCUUUUUGGUAAUUUGUCGCUGGCUCUGAUGUCUCCAAAGUAUUUUAAACAAAAAAUAUAAUUCAUUUUGGAAGAUAAACUUCAAUCUCAAAUAUAUACUUGUUGCCACAUUGAUUCUUAAGUAUUUUAUUGGUAAAGUUAAGUUUAAUAUUUCAUAUUGUAUAGUUAACGUUGAAUAGUGCUGCCUCUGUGUACUUUUGGAAACUCAUAUGAACAGAUCUCACCACACUUGAAUGAAAAUACAUGAAAAUGUUCUUUUAUAUAUACAUACAGUGAGGAUGGUAUACAGUUUCACAAACGUUCAUGCUCUGGUGUGCAGCUCUGUUGAUGUCGGCAAGAACCCUGUUGUCCCAAUUUUAAAUUAAGUGUCUCCAAUGUUUAACUUGCCAAGUUCAAAUUCUCAAGAAUGUGAGUUCAGACUUGGUGUACUCUGUAUUGGGAAACACCUAAUGUAACUUUUGCCACAAGUGGCAAUUACAAAUAAUGGAAAAUUCUAAAACGUAGCUAAGACUAGCUAAAAUUAGCCACCAUAAGCUAUUUAUUCAUACCAAAUGGAGUUAGCCAGCAAAAGCCCUGGGUGUGUUUGAAUUGAGCAAGGUGUUAUUUUAUUGCUUAGAAUUCCACUUUUCAUUUGUAAGAGGAAGAAUAUGUUAUUUGUUCUUUCAAAAGUUACAAAGACUCACUUGAAAGUGCUAACAAAGGUUCUCAAUGAAGUGAAGUUGGUAACUGAUAGCCAAACCCCAGCUCGAAAAAAGACAUUGUGACUUUGUAUUAACUACAUUUAAAUACAGUCAGACUUUUCUUGGAGCCAGGUAGAGGUGGGAAUUCAAACUUUUGUAGCCACUGACUAUGCAAUUUGUUUUCUUUUCUAAGCUAAGCUAAAUUAGCACCAUAUGGUUCAUAAUGCCAUGUUACAGUGCUGUUUUUAACAGUUUGCAGUCUGUUUGAACAAUUUAUCUCAGCUGAGUAACUAUUUAUUAGUUUAAUAGCUCAGCUCUACAUUAAUAGGCCUAUUUGUUUCUGCAGAUUUUCAAUAAGCUUUAUAUCAGCAAGUAAGUAAGUAAGUAUUGUCACAGGUGAGCUAAUAAAGACUUUUUCAGUCA